CACAGCAUGCCAAUGCGACCACGUCUUAAUGAGCACUAAAACAUUAUCUUCUUAAAAUGGGCUCAUUCUUGUGUUUGCGUUCAGCCUAACUGACUCAGGCAAAGAGCGCGCGCAAGGGAACGAACAGCUAUCACCAGAAUUUCCCCUUUGGCAGUACCUGCUGAUUGGGUCCUAAAAGCAAGCUGGUUUUAACUUUUAAUAUUUGGCUCCUGUGUUCUGCCAUGACUAGUCGCAAAAUACUGUUUCUCUAACCUAUCACUAGUUUUAGGACAAGGCGAGACAUUUUGGUAAGCAGCGCAGAUUGUUUCGUUUUUUGUCUCAUUGAAAAACGAGUGUGCGCGUAUGAGCGCGCGUGUAUCUGGUGAAGAUGUUUAGCGAAACCUUUUUAAGGAUGAUAUACCUUGGAUGUUUCCUGUUUCUUUGUGGGCUUACGCAUGCCAUACCAAGUUACCCUAUCUGGUGGUCCCUAGCGGUGGGCCACCAGUACUCGUCCCUGGGCUCCCAGCCCAUCCUGUGCGGCUCCAUUCCUGGCCUGGUGCCCAAGCAGCUGCGAUUCUGCCGGAACUAUGUGGAGAUCAUGCCCAGUGUGGCAGAAGGGGUGAAGAUCGGCAUCCAGGAGUGCCAGCAUCAAUUCAGGGGCCGUCGUUGGAACUGCACCACCAUCAACGACAAGGCCAUCUUCGGACCAGUGCUGGACAAAGCCACGCGUGAGUCAGCAUUCGUUCAUGCCAUCGCAUCAGCUGGUGUGGCGUUCGCGGUGACACGGUCCUGUGCAGAGGGUUCGGCCACCAUCUGUGGUUGUGACACGCGCCACAAGGGUCCGCCCGGCGAGGGCUGGAAGUGGGGCGGCUGCAGCGAGGACGUGGAGUUCGGCAGUAUGGUGUCCCGGGAGUUUGCAGAUGCCCGUGAGAACCGGCCCGAUGCGCGCUCCGCCAUGAACCGCCACAACAACGAGGCUGGACGAACAUCUCUGAAUGACAACAUGUUUCUGAAGUGUAAGUGCCACGGCCUGUCCGGCAGUUGUGAGGUGAAGACGUGCUGGUGGUCCCAGCCUGACUUCAGAGUGAUUGGAGACUACAUGAAGGACAAGUAUGACAGUGCUUCAGAGAUGGUGGUGGAGAAACACAAGGAGUCCCGUGGCUGGGUGGAGACGUUGAGAAGCAAGUACAACUUCUUCAAACCCCCCACGGAGCGAGACCUGGUCUACUACGAGAGCUCGCCCAACUUCUGCGAACCCAACCCAGAAACAGGCUCGUUCGGGACACGCGAUCGCACCUGUAACUUGACGUCGCACGGCAUUGACGGCUGCGACUUGCUGUGCUGUGGCCGGGGACACAACACCCAGACGGAGAAACGGAAGGAGAAGUGCCACUGUAUCUUCCACUGGUGCUGCUACGUCAGCUGCCAGGAGUGUGUUCGAGUCUACGAUGUUCACACCUGCAAAUAGAUAGGGCCUCUGGCACCACUCUUUCUGCACCUCACCCCAUUUUUUUAAAAAAUUUUAAGACUUCAACAUAUAAAACAAGAAGCUACUGUACGAGUCGGGCUCAGAGAACUUGAGAGGCUUUGAUUUGACUUUGAUCUAGUGUUAACCGACUCGGCUAUAGUACAGUCAGCUAAUAGGCAAAAGAAAUAUAGCCGCCUGUCAUGUGAUGCGGUGGAUUCAGCCUCUGUCUUAGAAUGCUGUGGUAGUUCUAGAACACAGAGGUGCGCCCAUGGAGGCUCCAUUCAGACAAACAACAUGAUGACGUUGAUGAUGUUGAUGAACACCAUCUCAUCGAUAGAGGCAAAAGAGGAGACCAUUACAGAGUGGGCUGAUUGUAGCCAAGGAGGGACUUCCAGUGAUUUCCAGAAAGGUGUUUCAAGGUAUUGGUUUCCUGACACAAGAAAAGAGAGCUGUAGGUUUUAUACGGGCUAUAUAAACUGUGCUGUUGACAAGCACCAUAUUGGUGAAUUAUCUGUGUACUCUGUGUCGUCACCUUCAUGUAGAGCAUAACAGCACUGUCUAAACCUUUGGGACACCAUACAAUCUAUGAUGAACAUGUCAUAUUUUUCUAUUCCCACUAGAUAGGCCAGCAGCAAAGUAAAAAUUGGCUAUAUUAUAAAACUGUAUGAAAACAAAAUGUAUAUUUUUAAUCUUAAUUCAAGGUUACGGUUAGGCAUAAGGUUAGCAGCAUGGUUAAGGUUAGGGUUAGGUUUAAAAUCAGAUUUGAGGAAGAUAAAUUGUAGAAAUUGGAGGGGUUUACGACUUUGCCGCUUGCCCAGAUAGUGACAACAAUAUUUUUCAAAAUAUUCUGUGGUACUCUCUGCUCUCCACCCUCAUGGUGUUAUUUUUUAAAUAAAAUGCUUAUGAGUUUAUAUAUCUACAAAAAACAGCAUUUCUGAGCUAUGUUCUCAACUUUGUAUUACCAUAACCAGGUUUCCAUCCAACCUUUUUAUUUGUUCAUGUCGGAUAUAGAAAUGUAAUGAAAGGCCUGAUGGAAACAGCAAAUUUGCCUAGUAAACUUCCAAAUUUCGACAAAACAAAAUACUUUAGACAAUGUGCAAACUUUUUGUGUUGGUAAAAUUAAUAAUGCAAAAAAUGACGCUGGAAAUGCUUUUAUCUUCGAGUCACGCGAUGACUUGUUGUGUGGUCCUCCCACUACGAUUUGUAAAAGAAUGCCAUUUAUUAGGCUACAGAUUAAAUAAAUUACGAUG